CUUGACACAAAUUAAUGGCGUCGUAUCGUUGUCCGGUCCUUGCUUGAUAUCGACAAAUGAAAAUGUGCACAUGAGUGCCGCAGCGGCAGUCGCCUGACUAGCUAGUCAGUCACCUCUCUUUAAGUAGCGAAUCAGUCGGUCAGGCCACACCACCCACACACAGCCACACAAACACUCAGCCCAUUCGCAGACACUAUUCACAUAGAGGAGCGAACACACCACACACCAGGCAGGCUCCCACCCACCACGGCUAGAUGCCACACGCGCCAUGAAACUAUUCACCAAUCACGAGACUAACCCAACAUGCAAGAAACGGUCACACACACGAAAUGAGGGCAUCAGUGAAGACAGACAGACAGACAGACUCACAGUGACAGAGAGAGACGCUACUAGCGUCUUUGUGUGGAUGGUUCUCUCUUUGUACACAGACAGCCACAGGAACACACGAACACUCACAUGAACUUUCCAACAGCACAACAGUCAGUCACUCACACACCGAUGGGGGACAGAGCAGUGCCCCAGGGGUCAAUGUGUCUACUCACGAUGUAGGCCGCAGUGGCCACCGCUGCAGCCACGGGAGACGCAGCAGACGGGCUUGGAGUUGAUCCACUGCAGGUCUCCCCUGUUGCAGUGGUACAUGACGGGAGCGUGGUCGCACCUGAUGCACGUCUCCUCCGCUGGCCCGACACCCAACACCGGCGGCAGCUCGGCGCCGCGCUUGAACUCAAAGCCAUCCGGACACGAGUGACUGAUCGACACACACACACACACACGUGGGGACGGUGGAUGGACAGGUGAGCCGUGCUGCGUUGCUUACAGUCUCUCUGCGUAGUGCUUGAGGACGCACUUGGCGUCACAUAUUUUGAAGCCGAGAGGGCAUGUGAAGUCCACCGGGUGGCUGUGGAACAUCUUGCACUGCUGGGUGUCCUCGUCCAUUGUGCCGUCAGGGCAAUAGGGCUUGACCGGGCAAUACACGAUCCUCCCAGAGUACUCGCACUUGCUGAAGCACCUGCUGCCGUCCUCCGUCAGCCGAUAGCCCGGGGGGCAGGAAUUCGCGGGAGGGACCGUCACCGUCACCAGGCAUGUCUCGCUAAGAAGAGUCGCGUCCUGGUACUCGGCUCUGCAGUAUUUAAUGAGGUCAGCGUACUGGUUCUUGGCGCACAUAUCGCCCUCCACCGCGUAACCCUGACACACGCACACAGACAGACAGGCAGAGAGACCGAUGAGCCACAACGUCAACUCUUCUCUCUCUCUGUGUGUGUGUGUGUAUACCUGAUCAGCGCAGUAGUAGUGUGGCACGUGGCGAAACGGCUUGAGGCACUUGUUCGCCGCCUGGUCAUACAUAAAGCCGGGGGGGCAGUGAGGGUGAGCCUCCUCGCGAAUCCGACACUGGUUCGCAGCUGCGAGGGGCACACAAGCCGCCAGAAGAGCCAGACAACACGCGACCGCACCACACUUCAUCAUCAUCACCAUCUGGUCGUUAGAGGACAGAAACAAGGGGACAGAAAGAUCUGAGCUGCGUGUACGAAGGGAAAGAUCUACGUAAGGCAAAGAUCUGCGGUUUGUAGGAAG